ACAUCCUGUUGAGUUUCAUGUGGUUUAUUCUAAAGGGCCAUACGGUUUGUUUACAUAAUUUCACCCUAAUAGGCAGUCUGUUGCCCUGAAAGCAUAUCUUUUCGCUAAUUGGAGACUUUCAAGUACAGAAUCAAUCGAAUUUGACCCAAUAUAUUCUGAAAUAGUGUUCACCUAAACUGUCAAUAUGGUUUUAGCAGAUUUGGGUAGAAAGAUUACAUCAGCCUUAAAAUCACUAAGCAAUGCCACAAUCAUUAAUGAAGAAGUUCUCAAUGGAAUGCUUAAGGAGAUAUGUGCAGCCUUACUUGAGGCUGAUGUUAAUAUCAGGCUGGUUAGUCUGAGAGAAAAUGUGAGGUCAGUGAUUGAUUUUGACGAGAUGGCUGGUGGACUGAACAAACGCCGUAUGAUCCAGUCCGCAGUUUUCAAGGAGCUCGUCAAGCUCAUUGAUCCCGGCGUUAAAGCCUGGCAGCCAACCAAAGCAAAAAACAAUGUAAUCAUGUUUGUCGGACUUCAGGGUAGUGGAAAAACCACCACAUGCACAAAACUUGCAUACCACUACCAGAAGAAAGGCUGGAAGACCUGUCUUAUCUGUGCAGACACAUUCCGAGCUGGAGCCUUCGAUCAGCUGAAACAGAAUGCCACCAAAGCAAGGAUUCCAUUCUAUGGAAGCUAUACCGAAAUUGAUCCCGUUGUUAUUGCCCAAGAAGGUGUGGAUAAGUUCAAGAACGAGAACUUUGAAAUCAUCAUCGUCGAUACCAGUGGUCGUCACAAGCAGGAAGAUUCCUUGUUUGAAGAGAUGUUGCAAGUCAACCAGGCUAUUGAACCUGACAAUGUCAUCUUCGUAAUGGAUGCCAGUAUAGGUCAAGCUUGUGAAGCACAGGCGAAGGCUUUCAAAGAAAAGGUAGAUGUGGCAUCUGUCAUCAUCACCAAGUUGGACGGCCAUGCAAAGGGUGGAGGAGCACUGAGCGCCGUUGCUGCUACUAAAAGUCCAGUGAUUUUCAUUGGUACUGGAGAACACAUUGACGACUUUGAGCCUUUCAAAGUACAGCCUUUUGUGAGCAAACUUUUGGGUAUGGGAGAUAUAGAAGGUUUGAUUGACAAGGUUAAUGAACUGAAGCUUGAUGAUAACGAAGAACUGAUGAAAAAGCUCCGCCAUGGUCAGUUCACACUGAGGGACAUGUACGAGCAGUUCCAGAACAUCAUGAAAAUGGGUCCGUUCAGUCAGCUGAUGGGCAUGAUCCCUGGGUUCAGCGCCGACUUCAUGACAAAGGGUAGCGAGCAGGAGUCCAUGGCGCGCCUCAAGAAGCUCAUGACCAUCAUGGACAGCAUGAACGACAGUGAAUUGGACAGUUUGGAAGGGGAGAAACUAUUUUCACGCCAACCCUCUCGAGCUCAGCGCGUUGCUCGGGGUGCUGGAGUGUCCAUUAGGGAAGUCAAUGAGCUGCUAACUCAAUACAAGAAAUUCGCUCAGAUGGUGAAGAAGAUGGGAGGCAUCAAGGGCCUGUUCAAGGGGAAGGGUGGAGACAUCGGAAAGAACGUCAACCAAGCACAGAUGGCUAAGUUGAACCAGCAGAUGGCGAAGAUGAUGGAUCCGAGAGUUCUGCAGCAGAUGGGCGGCAUGCAGGGAUUACAGAGCAUGAUGCGGCAGUUCCAGCAGGGAGCAGCUGGAAAGAUGGGCAACAUGUUCAAUAUGGAUAGAUAGAUACAGGAUGUUUGUGCUCUGAUGAUGUGUGGACACUGAGAGGUGUGCUCUGAUGAUGUGUGGACACUGAGAGGUGUGCUCUGAGGAUGUUUGGAAUACAAGCAGUGUGGUCCUGAGUGUAUGGAUCCUAAAAGAUGUUCUCGUAUGGUGUAUGGAUGCUGUGUGCUCUGAUGUGUGAAAACAGAUCACAGUGCUCUGAUGAUUUGUGGAAACUGAUUGGUCUGCUCUGAUUAUGUUAGGAAACCGAUCGGUGUGCUCUGAUCAGCUGAUUGCUGCGCUCUGAUGAUAUUUGGAUACUGAGCGAUGUGCUCUGAUGAUUGUGGAUGCUGAUCUGUGAGCUCUGAUGAUUGUGGAUGCCGGUGUUGUAACAUUGAAUGACUUGAUUCGUUAUGACUGAGGAAGGUCUCAUCACCUUGAUGCUACCUGAUGGUGAUGAGAGUGACAGCCUUGACAAUGAUAUCAACAUCCAUCAUGUUUAUGAUAUCACUGACAAUUACUCAGUGUCUAUGAUUUGUGGAAGUUUGUUACUAUUGCAUGUUACAGAAACACAAAAUGUUGAUUAUGAUCAAGUCAGAUACAACAAAAUUCAAAAUAAUAAUUGUAAAUCAUGUGAACAAAAAUAGAACUAUUCAUGUGAUUAGCCAAAUUUAGUUGUAAUUUAGUUUUCUGAAUAUUUUUGCAAUUUGUUAAUUUAGUAUUGAUCAUGUUGACUGAUUGUGAUUGAUUUUGUCAAUAAUCAGAAUGUUAUUUAUGUUAUUUGUUACUCUGUUCCAAGUUGGUUUUGGUGUUAAAUGUUUCUGUUUACUGUCAAUAUUAACAUGAUUAAGGCCCAGAGUGGUGGCCCAUUGUGUAACUUAAUGUCAUAAAAGUCUGGGUUCAGGAUAUCUUGGACAUGGUCUCAUGGAUAUAGAAGCUGCCCGAGAAGCAGAAGGUGACUGGUUUAAAUUAAAAUACCCUGGCCACAACAUAUCAAACACAUUUAAAAGUGGUAUUUGUUGUUACCCUGCCUGAGAUUAAAACAAGGAUGGGUAGACUGGGAGUAGUUAUUGUGUGUCAGUGUGGGGUAGCCAUGUUAAACAGAAGCAUGGUAUAUGCUGCGCUUAACACUGGCAUUAGUCCAGCCUAGUUAAGUCAGCUUCACACAAGGACGAAUGUUGCUUUGUAAGCGCAAUGAUCUUGAACGUAACACUAAACCCCAUCUAUGCUUCUCCCAUGUCAUCGUGUCUGAAACAAAAGGCAAUGUGUAUUCACUCACUGAAUCUUCGAUCGACAGAAACGUUUUGUUAUAGUGAUCCUGAAACAUUUUGUUACCAUGGUUACUGUUUAGUUUACACUUUUGUCGCAGUGCAAGGAAUCAUUGGUUUGGUUUUUCAUUUAGUUGGUUUACAAAACUUUGGCCUUAACAAAACAAUAUACAGUACUUGAAUGUAAGUUUUGUUAAAGAAAAUCAGGUUUAUUAGGUUCAAGGAAAAGGGAAGGAAUGGGACAUAAGUGUCUGAAGAGGCAAAUAAAUUUAUACUCAGUAAUUCAGACAGGGUAACUUGGUUCAUAGGUUGUCAUCAUUCACCAACAUUGCUCCUUAUUUCAAUCAAGGGGCAGUGGGGUUAGUGGUUAAAGCGUUCGCUUGUCACGCCGAAGACCUGGGUCUGAUUGCCCACAUGGGUACAAUGUGUGAAGCCCAUUUCUGGUGUCCACCUCUGUGAUAUUGCUGGAAUAUUGCUAAAAGUGGCGUAAAACCAAACUCACUCACUCACUUUAUUUCAGUCACUGGAUUGUCUGGUUCAUAGCAUGUUUACUGGCCACUGUCAGAAAGCUGGAACAUGCUGAAGAUUUAUCUGUUUAUUAGAGAGUCUGUGUGUAUGUAUAUAUCCUGUGUAUGUCAUUACGACAGUAAUUAUUGUAUAUGAACAUAUUUAACACAUUAGGAGUGCAACCAUGGAUGUGAUGAGUGUGUGUCAUGAAUGAACAACAGUCAUACUUACCUCAUGGUAUCUGAAUUGCAGUAUACAUUUUGAUACAGCAUUGUUUUUUAAUUUGUAUGUUGUAAUACAACAUAAAAUAUCAGACUUUGCAAUGAGGACUAGAUUAAAUUUUGCACGAUGGUUAACAUGUACUACUAACACAAAAGUGAAGGACCACCACUUGUGGUCCUUAGCAUUUUUGAAGCAGUUCAUUUAGUGACUCGGUAAACGUGUUCACAAAUACGUAAGAUCAGCCAUGGUAAACAUGGCGGCAACUCAUGUCUAGUUCCUCCACUCUUGAUUAUAAUUGUGAAGUCUCAAAUGCUGGAUUCUGAUUAUCGUUAUCUAUCUAUUUUUUUCAAAUGUUUUGGUUGAUGGUUGACCUUCAAUACUUCAUGUUCGUACAACUCCUAAAAAGAAUAAAGUUUCAUGAUUAUUGUGAUUAAGGUGGUUCCACUACACAGAAUGUGUAGUCAUUAGAACCAUAUGCUUAGCUUUAUAUUUGUCUGUACAUAUGCUUGUAAAUAGCUGUUGUGUUUGCUUGUAAUGAAUGGGUUUAGUGCAGCUGUUCAGAACAACUAUGUUCAGUUUGUAAUCAAUAAUGCCUCACAGACUGGACACAGUGGAAGGCUCAGUUACACAAAAUGACCAUAGCAUUUUGAUUGUUGCAAGAACUGUGUAAGCAUGGUAGUUACGAUCACCUUAGAGCUAAGAUUCCUUUACUGAACAGUGCCCAGGGUGCUGUUAUACAAAGAAAUCUUAGCUCUAAGGUGGUCGUAACUGCCCUACCUUAACAUUGACUAACAACUUUCAUAGCAGGAAGGUUGGACUAAGGCCCAGGGCUUAGAUUUUCGAAGCUCUCUCAGAGCUAAGAUAAUCAUAAGUGCCAUGCAUUAACAGUAACUUAUGACUAUCUUAGCACUAUGGGAGCUUCGAAAAUCUAGGCCCAGGCCCUGAGCAACAAAACAUCGUAACGUUACAAUCGGUCGUAACCCUAUGCUAUAUCAUUGGCUUACGAAUGACGUAGUGCUACGAAUGCUUUGUGGAUAGGGUCACCGAUGUGUUUUUGAUCAGCGGUCCAUUCAGACCCAGUUCUGUAUAUACUAUUUGUAAUGCAAAUACAGCCAAUAGCUUAGUUGAAGUUGAAUUCUUUGCCUUACUUCCAUCAAUGUUGAGUGUUCUGCAGUGAAUUGUAUAAGUGUCCAAGUUGGGGUGUGGACAAAGUGGUAUGUGUAUUUCAAUGGCAUUAAAAGUAAAUCAUUGUUUAGUUUCAAAGAGGUGUUUAAUUGAUGUUUGCAUAAUCCAGUGUCAUGUUCCGUCUGUUAUCUUCAUGCUAGAAUCAUAUGCAAGUGUCAUUGACGAUGACAGACUGGUUGUGAUAAAUUACAGUGAAACCUUGUUAAAUUGAACCCUGUUAUUGAUAAGUGGUUUCUCUAUACAGUGGAAUCUCCAAACCAGACACUAACUAGUCUGGAAUUCUGUCAGUACCAAUCAAAUUCAUGGUCUCAAUCUAUGAUAAUCUACCCAGUAAAACAAAUAUAUUCCAAAUUUUUGUCAAAGGCACAAGGAUACAUCUUUCAGUAUUUUUGUAAACAUUGCAGAUAAAUACAGGAAAUGACAGGAUUCAACAUAUUUUUAAGUACAUGUGAAUGCCAUGCUUGAGUUAGCCUGUACGUUUUGUAUCAAAUGUGUGUCUCCAGUCCAACAAUGUAAAAACAAACAACGUAAGUCCAGUUUAGACAGAUUCCACUGUACUAAGGAUGAUGAAACUGUGGUUGCAGUUAAGGAUGAGCGUCCUCGUCAUAAUCCUAAUGAUAACCAUUUCGGAAAGCAGAUUGACAGAUUGAAAUUUUGAACUGAAGAAACUACAAAUGCCAGCUCAUUUCCCCCAAAUUAGUGUUUUAUAAGAUUUCUACAUUCACUGACCCUGUGUAACAGAAGUAAUUUAAUAGAUACUUGUGAUAGUCCUUCUCCCUGAAUAUGCUGAAUACCUGUGUAUUAAAGUUAUCAGAUCAUCA